AUGUACAACGAAGCACAUAAAGUAUUAUUAACAUAUAUUAGAUCUAUUAAAACAAUAAGUUCACAAGAUUUACUAGAUGCUCUCGUGUUAAUAUCUCAAAGAUUGAAUUCUGGAGAAGAAAGAAUAACUUUAGAUUUAUUAAAUCAAUAUAUUUCAGAUAUCAAUUUAGAGAUUUCACAACAAGGUUUUAAAAUUGAAAGGAAAAAUGAUGAAAAUGAUGGAAUAUUAUAUUAUAUUUUUAUAAAUACAAUGAUUGAUGAUAUAAUGAAAGAAACCACCGCAUAUUCAGUUCCUGAAUUAGUAUCCAUUAAAUAUAUAAUUGCAGAAAUUAUUGAUAAAUCCAAUUUUGAAUUCAGUGCAAGUAAAAAUAGUAUUCAACAAAUUGUAUCACAACAUCAGAAUAAAUCUUUAAGAGAUUCAAGUUUAUUUAUAAAUAGAUUAAUUGAUGAUGGUUGGUUGGUUUUAACUAUGAAUGAUGAUUUAAUUUUAUCAAUCAAGAGUUUAUGUGAAUUAAAACAAUAUCUUAUUGAUGGAUUUGGUUAUAUUGAAGAUAAUGGAAAAAUUUUAUCUUGCUCAGUUUGCAAAGAUUUGGUCACAUUAGGGCUCUUUAAAGCAGAAAAUAAUAAUGCUUUCCACAGAAAAUGUUAUGACGUUUAUUGUAGAAAUAAUGAUAUUCAACAUCAGGAUAGAAGUUUAAUGAGAGUUGGUCCAGAUCCAUCAACAAUUUAG